UGUAAGUGCCCAGAAACUUUUUUUAAAAAAAUUUUCAUAACAGAUGUGCUGGAGCAAAGCAAAGCCAGGGGCCAUUGUCCCUUGUACUUUAUUAUCCCAUCUGUCUCACAUAACAAGAGAAUGUGAACUGUAUAAUCUAGUCAAUAGCCUGCACUGUUUACUGACCUUGAAUUAUAGAUGGAAAGGGGAAAGAGUAGAGCAGUGUCUAGACUGGUUUUGGAGUUCUAAUCCUUCCUUUCAACUAUUAUCUUGAGAAAUAGAGGUAAGAACCUUGACUCUUCUCUAGCUCUUUUUAAAGGGAAGUUGUAAAUCUAGCACAGUCUCAAAUGUUAGAAAUAAACAGUCUCAAAUGUCUAGAAAUAAACUGCAAUUAACUGACCAGGGCUUCAUUCUUCUGUUAGUAAACCUGUUCCAAUAUAACUCAGUUGGUGGAACAGUUGCCAUGACACAGUUCAAGACCAACUGAUUUUAAAGCCAGCAUGUUAACAGAGACAAUUUGCAUCUUGGAGUUAUUACAUAAAUCUAAGAGAAAAAGAAAUUCCCUCACAUUUUCUAGGCAUGAAAAUAAUUCAAACAUUUUAUAAUCUGUUUGUUGCAAAAUGUCAGCAAAUUGUCCAUUAUUACCUGAACUGGAAGUACAAAAGCUAAUACACGUGGUAAUGCUAGGUAUGGGCAAGGUUCUUCAGAUUGUGUGAGUGCAAUACCCAUAUCUCACCAUUGGUCAUUCCUCAGUUUCAGUGAGGAAACUGAAAUUCAACAAUAUUCUAUAAAACAAUGCAGGAAUGUAUUCUUCCCUCUUCCCCAAUAUGCUCAGAUUUCAUUACAGAAGGUCAGUGUCCCUGAAUUACCGUGCAGAUCAGUGCCACACAGAAUGCAAAAUGAGUAAUAAAGGGGAAUUGCAAAGGUUAAAAAGGAAAGGAAACUAGGCUAUUAAGACUACAUGAAAUCUAUUACCCAUUGAGGAAGUACGUUAGCAAACAGAAUAUAUGGACAAGAAACACACCUACAUAUUAAUCCAGCCACAAGUACACGGAAGAAUCUACUCAAAGAUCAAUGGAUCCAUUCAGGAAGGGUAUGACUGGGGAAGGAACAGUUGCACACGUGCAUGCACACAGAAUCAGAAACAGAGAAAAUAGUUAUAAAACAAACAUUCAUUUAAUUUCAGGUGCGGAUUUUUGUUAUCUUAAAACAUUUUAUUUUAAAUCACCUAGCCAGCAGUACAAUCGACAGUUCCAAAACACAGCGGGGAGAGGAGGGGCUGUAAACAGGCGUGCAAUAUAAUUUGGUAGGUUAAUACUUCGAAUUAAUAGGACAAAUUAGGUUACUUUGUGUUUCCAGGUCGCCCUUCUAUGUAUUAACUUGCAACCGUCUUUCUCAAGCACAUCUCUGACCCCCUUCCAAUCAAAAUCCAACCCUCAUCUCACUCCUAUACAGACAGGUUGAGCUUUUAAAUAUUAAACUUAAACAAGGCAUGGACGAAACCCCAAAUGAGGGAGGCGAGGGGGAGUCUAUCGGGAUUGCGAUUCGUUCCUGCAGCACUUCUUCAUCACAGAUACAUUCAAACCCUGGAUCCGUCUCCUGAUACUUCUCUCUUCCCCGUGUCACGAAAAGAUUCAGAGCAGAAGACGAGAACGCAGAGCGCUCCUGUGGUGGAUCGGCCUUUCUUACGCAAUGGCGACCCCUCACUCCUCAGAGGACUAUCAGAAGAUCGCUGCCACGCAGGACUGGAAAAGGCGCUCCGCCUAGCAGAGGGCGUGGUUUACGGGGUGGUUCGGUUUCCGAGGUAACGACGUAGGCAUCGGGGACGUGGGGGUAGAAGGGGGUUCUGGCUCGUUCCGGGCCUGAUGCGCAGCUGCUGUUGGCUGCGUUUUCUUUGUAUUUCUAUACUUAGGGUUGCAAAGAGCAGCAAUGCAUGUAUCCUGCACCUUCAGGGAUAGCAGCAAGUGAAAUGAAAUACAGGAAUUGAUUGUGCCAUUCAAUCAAAAUUAUGGGAUUAUUUGAUAAACUGGCAAGUUGGCUUGGCCUGAAAAAGAAAGAGGUUCAUGUUCUGUGCCUUGGAUUAGACAACAGUGGUAAAACAACAAUUAUCAACAAGUUAAAACCAUCUAAUGCUCAAGCUCAAGAUAUUGUUCCCACAAUAGGAUUCAGUAUAGAAAAAUUCAAGACAUCAAGUUUGUCAUUCACCGUGUUUGAUAUGUCAGGUCAAGGUAGAUACAGAAAUCUCUGGGAACACUAUUACAAAGAUUGCCAGGCCAUUAUUUUUGUCAUUGAUAGCAGUGACAUACUAAGAAUGGUUGUGGCAAAGGAAGAACUUGACACUCUCUUGACUCAUCCAGAUCUUAAACAUCGCCGAAUACCAAUUCUGUUCUUCGCAAACAAGAUGGAUCUCAGAGAUGCUGUUUCCUCUGUUAAAGUCUCUCAUUUACUGACCUUAGAAAACAUCAAAGACAAGCCAUGGCAUAUCUGUGCUAGUGAUGCUCUUAAAGGAGAAGGAUUGCAAGAAGGUGUGGACUGGCUUCAAGAUCAGAUCCAAAUAAUGAAGACAUGAAAAGCUAAUGAGCUAAUGGAAAUAUUAACAAUAAUUUAUAGAUAUUGAAGGCCUUGGAGAUAAAGACUUUUUAGGCCUGUGUGUUUUCUCAUGUUGGCUUUUAUAAAAGCCUUUAAAAAUAAAAUAGUACUUUUUGCUAAUAGCUCAUAACGGCCAUAAUAUGACCGUUAGAUGUGGUCAAAUAAAAGAAUGAAAUAAUUGUAUGCUAUUUAAAAACCUUUGGUAUGUUUUUGUUUGAUUUUUAGAGCUUAGGGAAAGGAUCUUACAUCUUAAAAAAUUGAUUUCUGAAAAGCUUUUCAUAGUAUCUUGUACUCAAAACUUCACACUGGCCAUGUCUCCCUGUUGAACUAAAAUUUGGUUUAAAUUAAUAGUCACAAAAAAGAAAAAAAUGCUACAAGACUUAAGCUAGGCACUUCUUGUUCUUUUAAACUUUUCCCCUGCAGUUGGAAAGACUACUUUUGCAGCUUUUCUUUCCCAUCCAUUUUUUCCCAUCAUGUUGUAUUUGUCCAGUCCACAGAUCAUGGUUUACCCCAGCUCUGGUUGUGUACAAAAUAACUUCAAACCAUAGUUUGAAAUUUGGCUUUAUAAACCUGUUUUUUAUAUAACAAAGCAUUGGGAAAGAGUUAUUCUUCCAGCCAGAUAAUAGAAGAAGAAAGAUGGGAGAUGUGCAUGCUCCAAGCUCAGACAUAAUGUGCAAAACAGAGUGGUUUUGUUCCAGAAUACUCAGUUUUCUUUAAAAAUAUUCCAUUUUCUUCUGGAACAGGCUGAUCCACACAUCAGGGAGGUUUUUGCAUCUCCAGAAUUGUAACAUCGGAAAGUGUGGUGUUCUGGAUGAUACACUUCUAAAAAUGCACAAAUCACUUAAAUCAACCCCUUGGGGCAGGGAAAUUGAACAUUUCAAAAACAGACUGUUCUAUUUUGCACACCUGUACUCAAAUAACACUCAUACACAUGAUACACAUCUUGCAUGUCUUACUAGGCCAUUUUAGCAUGUAAACCGGCCCACUGCAAUGGACCUUUAACAGAGUAUAAUUUUAUCAUGCACAGAAAUCAGCUAUACCACUUUUUCAUACAAUAUUUUAGGUAGAUGUGAAUUGUGUUUUUAAAAGCUGUUUGGAUGUUAAUGAAUGUGCUAUUUAUGUGCUAAAUUACAUUGUUUUCUGUAAUAGCUAAAACA